AUGACGUCGACAUAUCCCUCCCUGAUCCCGCGUCGGCCGGUGCGCUAUGCCGAGUACCAGAGCCUGCCGCCCAUGGCUCUCGAGCCCGAUCCUCCACGGCCAUCCUCCCAGAGCGACCAGACUUAUUACCUGCGACUUCAGCAACCCAUCCCUCGUUCAUCAGAGAAGUCGGAAUCCUUUCAGCGAUCAGCAGCACCCGCAUCUCCGCUCCCUCUAUCGCCUCAGGUUCCAACAGAUGCGCCGCCGCCGUAUUCCGCCGUGGUGUCAGAAACGCCAUUGUGGUCAAAUCCAUCACCGACGAUAACAAGUGCUAUCACUGCUGCGACGACAGAGGAAUCUCGUCCUGCGUUGCCCCCUCGUCGCGGGUCAGCAGACCCAUCUUUCAACCCAUGCGUUAUUCCUCAAACCUCCAAAACCAUCCACGGCCGUUUCUACCGGCCUUUUGCUCGCGCCUACUCCCCUGACCUGGCUACCCUGGGCAUCUCCUCCGACGACUUCCUUGCCUUCAUCGACGGCCUCAACGAGGCGUGGCUGGCGAGCCCCUACAUCCAGACCGGCGCUCAGGUCGGCCAGCUGAUCGGGCUCAUGCCCUCGUGGGAGUGCCAGGUGGCCGCCGUGGGCAUCCAGGCUGCCGCCGAGUACGGCGUCAUGAAAAUUUCCAAGACGCGGACGAACGCCUACCUCAAGGUCGCCAACCGCAAGCUCUUCCAGCCGCACGGACUGCAUGCGCAGGUGCUCCAGACGCCCGAGAUGAUGACCCGCAUCGGCGCCCCGGAAACGAAGCUGGAGUCGUUGCCCGACCAGGUCGACACAGCUGAGAUCCAGGGCGGCGACCCGCGCAUCCGACGCAUCGAGGCGCUGAAGGACUAUGUCAUGCCGCUGAACUUCGACGUGCAACCACCUGCGUUGGCCAAGUCCAAGAGCUGGGUCGCCAAGGCGGCAGAGAAGCAGGAGAACUGGUUCGCGGAGCGCCAGAACCGAAAGCUCAUGGAGCGGCGGCAGAAGGCGCAGAGCAUCCUGGCCGAGGCAGAGGAGGAGCAUCGCCUGGCGAACAAGGACAUCGCGCAGCUGGACGAGCAGAUGGCUCGUCUUCGGGUCGAGGCCGACCAGAAGAUCCUCUCGUUGCCGGAUAACAGGAAAGGGAGGAAGAAGCGAUCCAAGGUGGAGCAUGAGCUGAAGCGCGAACUUGACAAGCUCAAAGGAAAAGGACAAGCUGGUUCGGGAGAAGGACAAAACAGUGGGGAAGAAGAUGAAGGAAGGACAACGCAAGAUGAAGCAAGUCGAUCGACGAGAGGAGCGCGUCGCGCAGAAAGUGAUACUCCACCUCAACCAAGCGCGACUCACUGUCCGCAGCUGCAGUCGCUGCAGUCCUCAGACCACGCUGCACUCCUCGACCUCAUCGAUGAGCUGCGCAACCACGGCGUCAACCGCUACGUCUCCCUCCCCCAACUGAUCGUCUGCGGUGACCAGAGCUCCGGCAAAAGCUCCGUCCUCGAGGCCAUUUCUGGCGUCCAUUUUCCUGUCAAUGACGGUCUCUGCACCCGCUUCACUACUGAGGACUCAAUUGAUAUGGAGAACAACGCGUGUUCAGAACUUUUGGAAAAUAUGCAGGCGUUCUACACGAUUGCUCUCGAUGUCUUUGUCGACAAUGUGGCUGCCUUGGCUGUGGAGAACUGUCUCAUGAGAGGCCUAACAGACCUCUUGUCCCCGAUGAAGAUCUCACAGAUGACCGAUAAGGAACUGGAAGCGAUUGUCUCUGAGUCGGAUGACACACAUAAGUAUCGUAACCGUAUAGCUGAAAAGCAGAAAGUACUCGAGAAGUGUCUGGAUGUGUGUCGUCGCCAGCAGAGAAUGAUUGCACCUUCUCGACUUAACGCCAAAUCGCCGGCCAAGUCGACCAAAGACAAGCCAAGCGAUUCAGAUCGGGUGAGACCCAGCGUCAAUAGCUCUAUCUCAGCUAGUCCUUCCGGCAACAGCAAGUCGUUUGGCAUGUCGGGCACCUUAACCAAUACAAGCUCCAUGAGUGGCGGUUUGUUUUCUCCCAACUCAACACUCAUAUCUAACCUUCUACCGAGAAGCACCGUUGAGCAACAGCCAUCAGCGACAGGAGGGCUUUUUGGUAACAGCGCAGGUGAUCAUUCAAUUUUCCCGUCCGCCAGCACGUCUACGACUAGCCUCUUUUCGAAGCCGGAGGGUAGUUCUAGUACAUUUCGCAACUCGUCUAACGCGAGUACCUCAUUCCCCAACUCCCUCUUUCGCUUUCCUGUGCAGAAUGCUGAGAGUGAAAUGGCGAAGUCGCCUGCAUCGAGAGCUAGUGCAUCCAGCCAAGACAAUCCUGGUCAAUCGAACAGAUUCCUUCUAGCAUAUCGGACCCGUUCGUACCACAACGCCAUCUUGAACCAUUUUGUGGAGCGGACAGAACGGCUGCCUAUCAGAACUUGUGCUCCCUUCCUUGGUACAAGAACUAUUCACCCGAAGAAAUCCGGCUGA